AGCAAGCAAUGAUUUAUUGGACUUCUGAAUGUUGAUAUUUAGGUUGUAGCAAUUGAAGCCACUUAUAAUGCCAUGCGGUGUGGGGGUCGGGAGCCACCGGAGAGCCGAGGAGGUGGUUGGUCUUGAUCGGGAACACUGCCCCCUUCCUCGGCUUUUGGAAAAUUUGGCAGCCCCGCGGCCCCGCCACGAUUUUCCCGAAUGGCACUUUGGCUGUUUUGGAACGUUCAAUCGGUCCAAAUUUAAAGAAAAUUUUUUUACUCUCCAUUCCGUCUUUUUUAUUAUUAAAACAUCCAACCCUUCUACUUCAUCCAGACCAAGAUUACAUUUCUUUUCAAUUUACUCUUUUCCAUACAUUUCUACAAAUUUUUACUCUUUCAUUUAUCUACAAUGGAUCCAACCCGACCACUCACGCCAUCCUCAGAUCCUUCUUUGUUUUCAUUUACUGGUCCUGGUCAAGUGCCAAACAUGUUCCAAAUGCAACAAUGGCAACAUAUGCAAUGGCAAAUAUACAUGCAACAACAAGGAAUGCGUCCGAUGCUGCCGCAACAACUGCGUCACAAUGUUGCGGGUGACAUUGCUUCCCUAUCCCAAGAUGAUGAAGGGGAGGUUGUGCCCGAUACACAACCCCAUAAAUCAACGAAAGGGAAAGGGAAAAAGCGGAACCAAGAAGGAACAAGCGGUCGAAGCGCCUCCAAACCAUGGACGGCGACCGAGGAGGAGGCGUUGGCCCGAGCAUGGGUUAACAUUUCCCAAGACCCAAUAAAAGGGAAUGCUCAAACAAGCGACGGCUUUUGGAAUAAGGUUACCCACGAAUUCCACGUCUUGAUGAAUUCAAAGCCAUACCGACUUUUCCACUCGGUUAGCUCCAAAUACAGGGACAUGAACAAAAAAAUUGGGUGGUUUGCCAGUUACUACAACAAGGCCCAUGUCAAUCGCCCAAGCGGUGUGAGUGAUGACAAUGUGUUGAAAACGGCGCUUGAAAAAUAUCAAGCAAAACAUGGCCCUUUUCCACAUCUCAAGGCGUGGGAGGUAUUUAACGCGUCUUCGAAGUGGGCUCCGACCCCGAAUGAGGUGCCGCGUGCAAAACGGGCCAAGACGUCCGAGUCGGGGGACCAUAGUCCCGGAGGGUCUGAUGCGCAUUGGAUGCCGAAUAUUAGUGAUGAUGCCGACCUCGACGGUGAUAUAACCCCUUCAGAACCUCAACAGCCCGUUGGGAGGGAUAAAGCUAAAAAAGCUUCAUCUUCAAAAACGGAAGCACCCGGGGGAUCAAAGUUGGACGUGCUAGUAAGUCGCAUGUCUGCAUUUCAUGAAUUACAAACAGAGAAGCUUCGGUUGAAGCAACAAGAAAAAGUGGAAGCGGUGGCAAGGGAGGAGGCGCGACUUGAGCUGGAGCGUCAACGACUAGUGUUGGAAGAAUUUAAAGUCAUGACUACUGACAUCGAAAGUCUUCCACCCAGGGAGCGGGCGGUGUUGAUGAAAAUGAAAGACAAGAUUGCGGAAAAAUGGCUUCGGGAUGUGGGCGGGAGUGGAAGCGGGGAUCUUUAAUUUUUUUUCAUGUAUGCUCUUUUUAAAUUUUUUAU